GACGACUAAAAAAUCAUCGUGUAUACAGCAUAAAUACAUAUACAUAUUUCAAUCAAUAUAAUACCUUUAAAGGCGAAGGUACAAAUUUAGAUCCAUUUGGAUAAACACGAUUAAUUGUCUCAACUAAUGUUAAAGUCGUUUCAAUAAAACAAACAAACGUACACUUACAGUAAGAAAUCAAAAGAAAUACAGAACUGAUUGUGUUCUAACAUGUUGGUCCGUGUGUUGUUCGCUGCAUUAUUCUUGAAUUGUAAAUGUGCAAAUAUAACAAUUGGAAGAAACCAACGCGGACAUCAGAAUUUAAUAAAAUGCAUAACCUCUACCAUCAAGGAAUAUUUCACGACAGGAUCAAGUGUUGCAUAUGUUGACAUGAAUCCUGAUGAUGACGAGCUGUUGAGAGGUCUCCACUCUACAGCUACAGUGCCGCUUGUGUUAAGACUGCCGACAGCUCGGUUACCAGUAAGUAACAGUGGAUACCUUAUAACUGCACGGACCGUGGAAGCCUUCUGUAAUGGUUUUAAGGAUAUGCUCAGAGAUUUCAAGUGGAACCCAUCUGCACGAAUCUUGAUUGUCAUCAAAUCACUGAAACAAUUUGAACUCAAAACUAUUUUCGACGUGCUCUUAAAACAACAUGUGAUAAACGUAGUCGUAGUAAACGGCACAGACGACGCGCUCCUCUACACGUACAAUCCUUUCGACCACUACGGUUGUGGCAGGAACUACAAACAUGUCGAAGCUCUCGGGCCGUGUUUACAAACUGAUACCAAUUUGUUUCCAAAUAAACUGGUGACAGGAUUACGGAACUGUACCCUGCGAGCAUCCGUGCCACAUCGACCACCAUUCGCUAUAAACCCUGCUCGUGUCAAAAAAGGAACUAAAAUGGGAGCCGAACAGUAUGCAUUACAAUUAAUCACAGAACCAGAAGAAAUAAAAGUAAAAUACACCUACGAUUUUGACUUCGAGACCUAUACGACUAUCACACCUGACUCAGAAAUAGAUGGUCCAUUGGAUAAACUUAAUAAAGGUGAAGCUGAUGUCAUGUUCGGCAGUGCAAUGGUAGUAUUAUCUCGAAUAGAAGCCUUUACUUUUAUUACUGGAUAUUUAGACGUGAACGAUGAAAUUCUAUUUCUAGUAAAAAGAUCUGAAAAUGUUCCUGCUUGGAAAGUCCUCUACUUGGUGUUUCAGCCCUCAUUUUCCUGGAUUUCCUUGAACAUAAGAUUCCUUCUUGCAGAUCAACCUAACGGCCCCAAGUAA